AUGAAUUCUCCAGGUUCCCAAGCUCUAGAAGUAGCCAAAAACAUGAAAGAUCUAGCAGUAUUUAAGAAACCAAUAGGUGUAGCUAAAAAAUACAAAAAAGUGCAACCAAAAAUUCUAGAUGAAGAUACAUAUAUAAAAAGAAUGGGAGAAAUUAUUCAAAGAGAUUUCUUUCCACAUUUAGAUAAACUUCAAGCACAAAAUCAAUAUUUAGAUGCAUUAGAGCAAAAUGAUGUAAAGAGAAUGAGAGAACUUUAUGAAAAAUAUAGUUCAGGACGACCAACGACUGAAAGACCUGCUAGUCCAGCAACAUUUGAAACACCUAUGAACAAAACUGAAUCGGAAGAUGAACAAUUUAAGUCAUCCAAAAUACCAAAAGAAACACCUGUUAAUACAGUCACAAAAGACAAAGAUAAAACAGAAAUUAAAACUGGAUUGGAUGCAUAUUUGAGUACACACACCAGUGAAGACAAUGCAAGUUUUGAAGAAAUGAUGAUUGAAGCAGAGAAAAGACUUAAACUGAAGUUUGCUUGGCUUUAUGAAGCUGAAGAAAAUUCAAAGGCAUUGACUAAUAACAGUUCAGAUACCUUAGCUAUUGAAAAUGGUAAUGAGAAGCCUAACCAAUUAGACAGUUGGACUUACAAAAACAAAAAUUAUAUCAUGUAUGUUCCUGAUGGAGUUGAAUUAACUCCCGAUGAAAGGAUAGAUUUGGCUAAAAAGAGACAAAUGGUAAUGCAUGAAAAUACAAGGCUUAGAAUAAAUCCCUUCAAUGAACAACAAAAUAAAGAAACUAUUAAUGAAUUGGCAAAGAAUCAAUCAAAGGCUAAUGAUGGAAAAAUUGGAGUUGAUGGCAAAGAGAUUGUUAGAAAUCCAACACCUAGGGUUAAUGGAUUUAGUUUUGUGGCAACCCCAAGUCCAAGACCUGGAGAAUGUGAAAGCCCUUUAAUGACAUGGGGUCAGAUAGAAGGUACACCAUUUAGAUUAGACGGUGGAGAUACACCUUUAUUGAGGACAAGCCAAGGGCCAUCAUUUAGAAUGGCAGAACCACCAAAAAGAGAACAACUUGCACUACAGCUUGCAGAAAAAGCUGGGGAAAGACACAGAGAUAGAAAAAGUAAAGCUUUAGAAGCAGCAAGAAAAUCAUUAGCAACUCCAUCACCGAGAUCAACCAUAGAUCGUCUGAGUACUAUGUCUCCAGCGGCCAGAAGAUUAGCUACUCAAAAACUUCGAAUCGCAAGUACACCGACUCCACGAAGAACUUCAUCAUCGAGAACACCAUCAAUAGGUAUUAGAACGCCAAGUACUCCGCGAAUAAACACACCUUCAAAAUCUGAAAAUCAUUUAGAAUCGGAACAUGGCAGCACGCGAUGUCAAGGUCCUGUUCUUACGGAUAAUUUACUUAAUUUGCCUCUUCAGAGGCAAAGAGCAGCUGACUUUUUUAACAAGAAAUACAAUAUGCCAUUAAAUUAUGGUGCUGAAAUGAGAAAUGAGACAAAAAGGAAUAUACUCGUCAAUAUGAGGUAUCCAAUCUUGAAAAUUCUUCUCGUUGUGACGAUAACGUAUUCGUUGAUCGUCCAGAUACAAAGUCAAGAAUGUAAAUGUGGAGGUUUAGGAAAAGGUGUAAAUCCUUGCACUUGUAGCGAAGUGGUCGUGAAAGCAACCAAUUUACCAAAACCAACAUAUUAUGUGUCACCACAAGAUAUCAAGGAUGCUGCAACUGCACAAAGUAGUAUAGUUAUAUCAGGUGGUACAUCUCAAAGUGAUUGCUCAAAUGCACAAAGUGCUAGUAGUGCUAUUGUGCAUAGCAACAGCAAUAGCAACCCUAGUCCUUGCAGCAACACUGGCUCAAAUGCACAUGUUAAAUCUGAUACUAUUGUAAUUAAUAGUAACACAAAUACACAAAGUAAGAGUAAUAGCUGUGGAUGUAACAAGCAAAAUAUAGAAACUUUGGAAGUUGAUAACAUGCCAAAUUCCAAUGUUAAUAUUGUACCCAGGUUUUCACCAAUUGGCGAUUUAUGCUACCCUCUUCCAGUGGAACAGAGCAGUGGAAAGCUAAUAGAAAAAGCAACAAAAGUUACACCAGCCUACCCUGGCAAACUUGUAUGCUGUCCUGCAUCAGUUCCUUAUGAAAUUUGUAUAAAUACACACACAGGAGAAACUAGAAGUAAAGCAAUUAUAUCAAGCUCUUCUGAUGGAAUACCUGGAUUAUACAGUGGAUCUCAAAUUAAUCCACAUGGAAAUAUAAAUUUUGGAAUAUUUAGUGGAUCCAAAACUGGUUCAUAUGGAAGCUUUACUGGAUCAAAUUCUAAAAUAUAUAAUUUACCUUCAUUGAUAUAUGCUAAUUUAAAUAAUGGAAAUGGGCAGAAACAAUAUUCAAAAAUGGUUAUGAGUAGCAGUUCUUCAGAUUGUUUUGAUGAUGUUGCAGGUGAAACUGCAGUAGAUUCAUAUCCAACAGUGCCAGCAGAUGCAGUUUCUCUUACUCUUGCAUACAAAAAUCUUCGUGCUCCUAAUGUAAUUUAUAGACAAGGAAAACAAUUUGUUCCAGAAGAUAAAUUAUCCUUUGGUCAUAGAACAGUACCAGUUGAUGUGAAAAGUGAAAAUAAAUUAGCUGACAUUGCAGAAGAGAAACUUGUAACAGUUAAUAAACCUGUUGUAGAAUUAAAAUUAGCACCUCCAAGAACUGUUGUUAUUGGUUCUUAUGAUGAGCAAGAAGAAGCUAAACUUGCAGAACUUGAAGCAAUGGAACGUGAAAGUAUAACACAAGAAGAAGGUGCUGAUCAAAUGGCAGAAAGUCUUCUUACCUACAAAGAUCUUGGUUAUGCACCAGUAGGAGCAACUUAUGCAAGAUCUAGGAACUACAAUGGUAAAAUAAUGAAUGGAGAAAUAAAUGAUAGUGCAGAAGAACCAUGUGGACCUUUAGGACCACCAUUACCAGAUUACAUUCCAGGCACAGUAGUAGUUCAAAAGGCAUUUAAUAAGGAUAAUUUACAUAAUGCUGGUAUAGAACCAAUCAGUGACAGUAUGGAAAUUAUAGGAUCUGCCUCAUGUCCAAACUAA